AGCGAGUCUCCUCCCUCACUGCUUUUAAAGAUAAGGGUGAAGCAACUGCAAAUACGUUAAAAAUAAAAGCAGCCUCAAGGUCCACAGCCUCGAGGAGCUAUUUUCUUAAACAAUGACUGACUCAAAAUAUUUAGAUAAGAAUCUGACGGAUGGUGCAGGUGGUGGUCUUGCAAAGAGCAAAAAGAAGCAAAAGAGAGAAAAUGCUUGGAAACCAGAAGGACCAAAAGACCCGUUUGCUAUGCUUGACUCGCUGCCAGAGAAGAAACAGCAAGAGAUCCAGAAAGCCCUUCAUCUCUUCUCUCUGGGCUCCAGCCUGCCCAAGACCCUACAACAGGCCAAAAAACACACCUACCGCUUCUGGGACCCGCAGCCUGUUCCCAAACUGGGUGACGUUAUUACAUCACACGGCCCAAUAGAGGAGAGGGGCACCUGUAUCCAAAGUGAGCCUUACUUGCUUCCUCAGGGAUUCUCAUGGGAUACUCUGGAUUUGAGCAACACUUCUGUGUUAAGAGAGCUGUGCCAUCUGUUAAAUGAUAACUACAUGGAAGAAGAUGACAACACAAUCAGAUCUGACUUCUCUACAGAAUAUCUUCUGUGGACUUUACAGCCUCCAAACUGGCUGCUCCAAUGGCACCUGGGCGUUAGAGUAGACUCUAACAAGAAGUUAGUGGGUUUCAUUGCCGCUGUACCAGCUGAUGUUAAGAUUUAUGAGAUCAAGAAGCAGUUGGUGCAGGUCAAAUUCCUGUGUGUCCACAAGAAACUGCGCCUCAAGCGAAUGACACCGGUUCUCAUUCGAGAACUUACCAGAAGGGUGAACCAGCAAGGUCUCUUUCAGGCUGUCUACGCAGCUGGAACAGUGCUGCCAACACCAAUAGGCUCCUGCAGCCAAUGGCAUCGCCCUUUGAAUCCUCGUAAGCUAAUGGAGGUCAACUACCCCGGUCUGAAGCAGAGCAUGAAUCUACAGCGAGCCAUUAGGUUGAACCACUUACCUGAGGUGACAAAGAUUAAAGGUCUGCGUCCUAUGACCAAAGAAGAUUCCUCAGGGAUCCACUUGUUACUGGAGAAAAACUUCAACAACUUCCACCUCAGCCCCCUUUUAUCGCUGCAGGAAAUAGAGCACUGGUUCUUACCAAAGGAGAAUGUGAAUGACACCUAUGUGGUUGAGGCAGACGAUGGUACUCUGACCGACAUGGUGAGUUUCUAUACCGUCUGCUCCAGGGUGUUAAACCAUCCUAUUCACACCAAUCUCAAAGCAGCGUUUCUUUUUUACGCUGCCUGUAAUGCAACAGGGAUGGAUGAACUCAUGCAGGACAUUCUGAUCCUGGCUAAAAGUAAGGGCUUUGACAUAUUCUGUGCCCUUGAUGUGAUGGAUAACCUGAGUUUUUUGGAAAAACUAAAGUUCACCAUCAGUGACAAGAGUCUCCAUUACUACCUAUACAACUGGAUGUGUCCACCCAUGAGCCCAAACAAGGUUGGCCUGGUGUUACCCAACUAAUCUGAAGCUUUAAAGAUGGAAAGAUCUGCACCACUGCUAGUGCUUUUAGCAUUAUUUACAGUGUUGAAAAAUAGCAGAGAAAUGGACCCAUGAAAAGCUGCAGCCUUACUCCCAGCAAACAACAAAACGUAGUCAAAAAUAAUGUUUGGUACAAUGUGUUCCUUGCUUGAAUGACAGUCAUGCAUAGUGUUCAGAGUUUUCAGGGUAUCCAAGUAUAAACAGAUCAGCAGCAUG